CUGCCUUCGUCGACAUCUUCCCCCUCCCAUGGUUGUUCUCCUACCAGCGUUGGUGUCCGUGCAGCAUUGCCAUGUCGGAUGAGGUGAAGUCAAACAGAUAUCAUCGCCGUCGAAGGAGAACUCGAAAGAAGAAAACCGCCGUGACCAUUGAGAGUCUUCUUCCUGGGCGAGCUCCUCUGGGAUACCAACCAUCGCUCAAUCUGCCUGCUGCGCUACACGGUGUGCCCAUUGUGACGGCAUCUUCCAGUGAAUGGUCAGAAUAGGAAAACUCCUUUCAGGCCGGAUCCCCUCCUCUUGUGCUCGAUACUCCAAUCUGCCUGGCCCCGGCUGAAGCCCCCCUAAACCUCAAUAGCUCUCAUCGCGACAAGGCUCGCUCUCCAAGAGGCUCUUCGACUGUGCCUCAAGAUAACGAAGAUCGAAGUGAACCGGUCACAAUGAGGCACAGCUUCUAUUCGAUGAGCAACAGCCAGUCCGAGACACCUAAUCCCUCUAUAAGUCUUACGGCGCAUGAAGAGUUGGGAGACUUUGGAGAACUCGCGUCAUCCAGACCAAUCGCCUUGAGUCAACUGUAUACGAAAGCUAACUCACGAACUAAAUCUGGCCGAGCCGUGAAGGCCUUUAUGGACCAGAUGGCUUCCGAAAGCAAAGAAGCACCUUCAUUGGCCACAAGCUUCCGUGAGACUGGCCAGGACACGCAUGGCACUCAGGUCCCAGUCGUUCAUCGCAUAAAUAAUGCAGAGUAUAGACUGAGUCUUCGCGGAGAUGAACCGGUACCUUCUCGCAUCUUUUCACAGGAGCGUGGCUAUGAUUCGGCAGAAGAGAUCGGCGAACAGGACUGUCGCAGAAGGACAGAAGGGCAUCAUCAGCAGAACCCUCUCAAUUACGCAGAGGGUCUUGGCUCUUAUUACUUAUCACGGUCCCAAGAGCGCAGCUAUGUCUCUGAGAGCCCAUUCUUGAAGAAUGCUAGCUAUCCCCUCUCAGAACAGGAAGCAUGGUCAGCGGAGGCGCAUCCCAUCACCGGAGAACCUUCCUUGGGUGCACAGCAGUUCAGGUCAGCCAGUCAAAACGUCAUUUCCCGAAGUGAACACGUUCCAGAAUCGUCGCUUCAUCUCUAUCGGGCUAGUUUCGAUCGGCCUGAAGACCAAUCCCCAUACGGCUCGGUGCGUCUUCAACACUCGGUCUAUGAGAACGCUGGAUCUUACGAGGUACCAUCGGCCGAAAAGUCACCACAGGAGCGCUAUAAGGACUAUGCCGUCAUACGGUCAGGCACUAUGUUGACGGGAGCUCCACAGGGGGAGUCCCUUCCAGAGCUAUAUAGGUCCUCCACAGAAUUCCGACCUCAGAUGUCCACAUCUCGGGCCCAGCCACCGACGCGUGCCUUGGCUUCAAUUGCAUCGGGUACUGGACUCUCAGGAACUAGUGCCCUCGGGUCAUCAACGAAAGAUAAAGCAAGCGAAGAAGCUACCCGGUUCCUCGAUAAGAUUUCCCAGGAUUCUUUAUCGCGUAUCAAACAAACGGCGCUCCCUGAUCCUUUCGUCGAACCAAAGGAGGCUUUAGCAUGCAAGAGUUCGGGGUCGCGUGUUCAUUCUGAAGAAUUGGCCUUGCUGGCAGCUAGACUAGGCAAGUAUGCCAAUGACUCGCAUAGGCGGUUGUCAACAGACCGUCGCUCCCAUUCAGCACACGGGACAUUGCAAUCACUCUGUGAGUCAACAGUUACCGAGGUUCCACUGCUGAGAAAUAUCACCCCAAUCGAGGACACCAGUGGUAAGCUGAAGGAGAACUAUGAUCAACUUCACGCGGGACUCCAAACCACAGACACGGGUAAGGUCUUACGGCCUCCUCCCGGGUUGCCCACGCCAGCCGUGCGCCAGUUAAUGGCCGGAGAACUACUGCAUAUGGCAGAUCAUGUUCUGAGGGGAACCCGGGCUGACGAGGCAAACACUUGGUUUCACAAAGACCCCCGAGGAGAGGAAUACCUUCGCCAGCAAGUCGCCACGAUUGCCCAAAACCACGGUCAAAGAAUCGAGCGACUUACGGGAGCUGAUGGCACCACCGCAAAGCAAAUGAACCUGCUUUUGGGGAAUGUGAUUGUCAAUCUCCAUUCACACUUCUCUGAGUGCAACCAGAAUCAUACGACGAAUUUACCAGUUUUCGAGAGAGAAAAUACCUUUGAAAAGACCACUAGUUUUGCCAGACGGCGCAGUUAUUUUGAUCGAGACCCCUCUGUCAGCUAUUGGAGGUUUCCUCUAGGACGCGGCUUGUCUGACGAGAGCAGACACUCGGAUAAAACCACAGGAUUCUUAUCUCCAGGUUAUAGGGCAUAG